AUAAUCUGCGACGUGGCCGGCUUCGUCUGCCCAGAGAAGGCGUCACUUCCGCCGAAUCCCUGACCUGCUGCUAGGAUCGCGACGGGAACUGGAACCUGAGGUCCCCGCGCGGUCCGGGCCUGGCGCCCUGAGGGGAAGAGCGGCCCGGCCCAGCCAUGACAGACGGGAUCCUAGGGAAGGCAGCAACAAUGGAGAUCCCCAUCCAUGGGAAUGGCGAGGCUGGGCAGCUUCCUGAAGAUGACGGGCUGGAGCAGGACCUUCAGCAGGUGAUGGUAUCAGGACCCAACCUCAAUGAAACCAGCAUUGUGUCUGGGGGCUAUGGGGGCUCUGGUGAUGGACUCAUCCCCACAGGGUCUGGCCGCCAUCAAUCUCACAGUACCACUCCUGCUGGCCCUGGAGAUGAGGUGGCUCGGGGCAUCGCCGGAGAGAAGUUUGACAUUGUCAAGAAAUGGGGCAUCAACACAUACAAGUGCACAAAACAGCUGUUAUCAGAACGAUUCGGUCGAGGCUCCCGAACUGUGGACCUGGAGCUAGAGCUGCAGAUUGAGUUGCUGCGUGAGACGAAGCGCAAGUAUGAAAGUGUCCUGCAGCUGGGCCGGGCACUGACAGCCCACCUCUACAGCCUGCUGCAGACCCAGCAUGCACUAGGUGAUGCCUUUGCUGACCUCAGCCAGAAGUCCCCAGAGCUUCAGGAAGAAUUUGGCUACAACGCAGAGACUCAGAAGUUGCUGUGCAAGAAUGGGGAGACGCUGCUAGGGGCUGUGAACUUCUUUGUCUCUAGCAUCAACACAUUGGUCACCAAGACCAUGGAAGACACGCUCAUGACUGUUAAGCAGUAUGAAGCCGCCAGGCUGGAGUAUGAUGCCUACCGAACAGACUUAGAGGAGCUGAGUCUGGGUCCCCGAGAUGCAGGGACACGUGGUCGACUUGAGAGCGCCCAGGCUACAUUCCAGGCCCAUCGGGACAAGUAUGAGAAACUUCGAGGAGAUGUGGCCAUCAAGCUCAAGUUCCUGGAAGAAAACAAGAUCAAGGUGAUGCACAAGCAGCUGCUGCUCUUCCACAAUGCCGUGUCCGCCUACUUUGCUGGGAACCAGAAGCAACUGGAGCAGACCUUGCAGCAGUUCAACAUCAAGCUGCGGCCUCCAGGAGCUGAGAAGCCUUCCUGGCUAGAGGAGCAGUGAGCUGCUCCCAGCCCAACCCGGCUAUAAAGAAGGACAUUGGGAGGGGCAGCCCCAGGGUGGAGGAGUUUGGACAUGGGACAUUCCUUGCCAUUUACCUUCUGGCUUGGGCUCCCUUUCUUUCUUGGGGCCUGACACCAAUUUUGCCCAUACUGCUGUGGUGUGAAGAGGGCUUCACCUCUUCUGAAGAAGCUGCUGCCCUGUCCUUUAUCUUCUUGGCCACUGGGCAUCAUUCCCAGAUUUUUUUCCUUCCACUCCACAGCCAGAGGCUAUGAUAAAACUACUCCCUGGCCAAUGGCAUCACUCCUCAGGCCUACCCAGUUCCUGGGGUGGGCCCCCUGACCAAUGACAGGAUCUCAGAAGACCUUGUCAGCCAAUGGCAGCUCUUCUUGCGCUCCCCUGGGCCAAUGAUGUUGCCUCCAAUACUCUUUGUCCCUCCUCUGUGCGUGCCCACUGCAGUGAAGGGGACUGGGAUAAAAGGAAUGGGGAUAUUGGGGAGCCCCAUUUCUGACCCUACAUCUGAUUGGGUCUCCUUUGCCCACUCACCCAAUUGUGUUUGGAGCCCAGGAAGACUGGGGUCUAGCACUAGGAAUAAACCUUUCAUAAAAGCAGGCCCAGUGAGGUCAAUUUGUGGGGGACAGUAGGAGGGUGGACUGGGUAGAGAAAUGCUAGUCUUACCAGGCACUCAAAUCCUAUGAAGUCAAAAGGGGGGGGGGGCAGGCAGCUGAAAUUACAGGUUUCAGAAAUGGUCUGUAGGUCUGAUCUCCCUCAGUCCCACUUUGAGCUAAAGCAUUAGUUGUCCUUCAGGUCUGUACCAAGACAGCUACCAGUCUUAAGAGCAUAGGGUCCAGAGGGGGUUGGGCUUGCUGACCUUCUUCAUGUGUUCAGUCAUAUAGCAAAUAUUUACUGAGUGCUUUUAUUUUGCCAGGCACUGCUUUAGACCUUGGGAAAACAUCAGUGAAUAAAAUACAGUCCCUUCCCACAGUGCUUAAAACCUAGUGGUGGAUAGAUGAGUAGCUAGGCAACUACAAUGCAGUGAUAAGUACUAGCAAAAAUCACAGCGAGCCAUGAUGGCCCCUGACAAGGGGCAGCUGGCCUAGAAGGUGGUGAUUUGGGCUUGAAAGCUGAGACCUAAAAAAGUGAGUAAUGACAGCCAGCCUGAACGAUCCACAUCUGAGGAUACCAAGUAACAGUUCCGUUUGGAAGGAAGAAGGCAAGGCAAAAGGAAGCCUGCAAGCUAAAGAUUUUUGCUCUUAGGAGAAGCAGGCUGUGAAACUUUUAAUCACAAGUUUGGUAGCACGAGAGAAGCCUAGUUUUGAGAGAAUUGGAGCUUAAAUAGUGUGGCACACACCUUUAUUCCUUCAUCUUGGGCAAUCUAGUGGCCCUAGCCUGGAGCCAACAACCAUGAACCCUCCCUGAGGCUCUUUCCUUCUGGUUGCUGGAAUUCAAUGGUGGAGAUUUAGGGCAGUUCCCAUGGCUUUGCUGCUCUCAGGUGUUCUAAGUUGAACCUAAGGGAGAAAUCACAAACUCCCCAGCAGCAUUUUGGUUUAGUCAGAGGCCAGGGGUCCUCACCUCAUGCUCCUUGUCCAAGGCUAGCUCCAAGACCUUUUCAACAUUCUUUCCAUCUACUUCUGGAGGGCUAGGGAAAGGGGACAUUCCAGUCAGUAGAGUGAUGGCACUGUGCACUGGAAUCCACACAAGCAUGGCUUUGCUCUUUAUCAUCCAUACUGCACUUUCCAGGCAGGCUUCCUGAACUUCGGCUAGCAGUUAUUUGACUAGAACUUGACUAUCUGUGUGUAUGUGUGGGGUCCUCAUAAGCCCCCAUUUUAUGGGCUGUCAGAUUUUUUUCAGUAGAAAGGCAGUCAUUGAAUCUCUAAAAACGGGCAGAGCC